UUCUUCCCAUUCAGUCCUAUUUCCUCCUUUCUAUUCCGUUCGAAACCUUUGCAACUCUUCCCUCAAACCCUAGAAAUCAAAUCUCAUGGCACCAAAGAAGGAUAAGGCUCCUCCACCGUCCUCCAAGCCCGCUAAAUCUGGCGGAGGAAAGCAGAAGAAGAAGAAAUGGAGCAAAGGCAAGCAAAAGGAGAAGGUGAACAACAUGGUUUUAUUUGAUCAGGCAAGUUAUGAUAAGCUCCUUUCUGAAGCUCCCAAGUUCAAGCUGGUCACUCCGUCUAUCCUUUCUGAUAGGUUGAGGAUCAAUGGAUCGCUCGCACGAAGAGCAAUUAAGGAUUUGAUGGCACGGGGUUCCAUCAGGAUGAUAUCGUCUCACUCCAGUCAGCAGAUCUAUACAAGAGCAACCAACGCCUAAGGCUAUGGCACGGGGUUCAUAUAAACUCUUUCCCGGAAGGCUAUGGUUAUGUAGUUCCCUUCCCAUUUUGCAAUUCCGAAUUUUGUCCAUCGAUGAAAUUAUCUUUUAGUCUGUUCUAAUGGCUGGAUGAUCUUUUAAUGUGAUGUGGUCUUUUAUUUGUUAA